UCGUGCUCCUACGGGUAAUUAUAUGAUGGCCUAUAUUGUCUCGCCACUUCGUUUCACUCCCACCCUUUCUCAUCUCUCAAGCACCCGAGUUCGAUUCGGGCCAAAACCUUCACCCACCGCCCCGAGUCGACUCGGAUUCAACUCAAUGUCUCAACCGGCCUCGGAAGCCAAUCCGGACACCUCGAAACCCGAGACCCCCGACGUCCUCGUUCAGUACGUGGUGCUCCGGCGAGACCUAAUCGACACGUGGCCGUUGGGCAGUGUAGUAACACAGGGCUGCCAUGCCUCCGUCUCCGCCAUCUGGUCCCACAAAGACGACCCACACACGCUCCAGUAUUGUAGCCCUGAAAAUAUCGAUUCUAUGCAUAAGGUUACUCUUGAGGUGAAGGGAGAACCUCAAAUAUUGAACUUGUCUGAGAAGCUCAAAGCUGGUGGCAUAGAGCACAAACUGUGGAUUGAGCAACCUGAGAAUUUCCCAACUUGUCUCGCUACGAAACCUUACCCCAAAUCCAUGGUAUCUUCGUAUUUUAAAAAAUUGAAGCUCUGUAAGUGAUGUGAUACUCUGUCCUCGUCUGUUCGCUUGGCAAUUUAGUUGAUUGAAUGUGACAGAUAAUGCGCUCCUUAGAGGAAUAGACUAUAAACUUUUGCAGUUUUGCUUUCCCAUUGUGUCGAAAGUGUUAACAAGUCUCCAUGUGAACGGUGUGAUAUUGUGCCGCCUUCAUGUCUUCUAUGGCAAGAACUGUGUUGGUUUGACAAAAUGAAUAUCAGGUGCAUUGUUGGUUUUACUGUGACACCCUCCCAAUUUGACCUUAUAACCUAGCAAUUGAAAACUAUUGAGGAAACCAACUUCUCUACCGUAUAGUUCUUCUGAGCUUUGAUAUUCACCUGUUAUCCCUGAACAUUCAGCAAUUUGUACAUGUACUUAUCUCUGGUCUUGUUGAUUAGGAGAAGUGGCCCAAUUAGAAAUCAUGAAACUCUUUUGGUAGUGAAUUGUGGGUUGGCAAGUACAAAUUAGUGGACAUCCAAGGGAGAGUGUUGUAAAUACUAUAUAUAUGUGGUUGUUCACUGUAAAUACUCAUUAGUUAUGUCCUUAAGAUGUAAACACUUGUCCUGCAUGGUCUAUACAGUGCGACACCACACUCUUAGCUUCUGUUUAUGGGGUAGUAAGACUUUUUUUGUUAUAUAACUGAACUUGGUUAAUACUAACACCAGAACAGAUUUGAACAUUUUUACUUUUAAUUUCAUGCAGGGAAUACCCUCAGGGGUUGCUUAUUUUGUUAUAGGAAUUGUAGUGAAGGAAAGGGUGCCUGUCUUUUACUCGGCUUUCAAUCCCUUAGGCACUGUAAUGGUUACAAUUUUAGGGUCGUUUGUAUUAGCUGAGCAAUUGUACCUUAGGAGGUAUGCACAUUGAUUUCGGGUAUUGCCUGCAGUAUGAAAAUAUUAGUACAGAGUUCAACAAACUGGAUUUCAGGAUUAAUUUCAAACAUGCAGGUAUUGGGAUGGCCAAAUAGGCCAACUGGUAUAAGAAGCCAGACUCACAUUCUGGCUCUCCAGCAAGCCGGUCGAUUCAAAUCCCACUUCUAACAUCAUUGUAAUUUGUGAAACAAUAUAUAACCGAGUUCAUUAUAGUA